UCGCAGCCAAGUCGCCACUCCGCCUUGCCUGCUCGGGGAGGCUCGUUCCUCCCGGCCGAAGGAGAGCUCCAGGCGGCACCUGAAAAGCCGAUUUGACCCGUGGGGGCGGAAAAGCGCGAGGGGUUCCCAGCGAGGGGAUUUUGCAUUUCUUGGACCUCCGAGUUCUUUGCUGCUUCUCCCCGGGAAGGAGGCGAUUUCUUCGGCGCUGAGCCCGUCCGCGGCGCGGUUUCCUCUCUUGGAUAUUAAGCUUUGCACCCCACGAGAAUGACACCUCAAAGACUCCAGGUGUUGAUUGGGGUGGUUCUUUGCUCUUGUUGUGUAAAAGGAUCUUUGCAGCCUCAACCCAGGGUGUUCUUGACAUUCAGUGAACUACAGGAAACCCAGACAUCCCAAUUUUACUCUCUCUCCCAUCAGCCCUUAGACUACAGGAUAUUAGUGAUGGAUGAAGAUCAAGAUCGGAUCUACGUUGGCAGCAAAGAUCACAUUUUGUCGUUGAAUAUCAAUAACAUAAGCCAGGAUCCACUGAGCAUUUUCUGGCCAGCAUCAACAGCCAAGGUGGAUGAGUGCAAAAUGGCUGGCAAAGAUCCCACACAUGGUUGUGGCAAUUUUGUUCGGGUGAUACAGAUGUUCAACCGCACCCAUUUAUACGUUUGUGGGAGUGGAGCAUUCAGUCCCGUCUGUGCAUACCUCAACAGAGGACGAAGAUCUGAAGAGCAAGUUUUCAAGAUCGACUCCAAAGGGGAAUCAGGAAAGGGACGCUGCUCUUUCAACCCCAGUGCAAACACAGUCUCUCUUAUGAUCAACCAAGAGCUAUUUUCGGCCAUGUAUAUUGAUUUCAUGGGCACUGACGCAGCCAUUUUUCGCAGCUUAACCAGACGGAAUGCAGUGAGGACUGAUCAACACAACUCGAAAUGGCUAAGUGAGCCCAUCUUUGUGGAUGCUCAUCUCAUCCCAGAUGGCACCGACCCCAACGAUGCUAAAGUGUAUUUCUUCUUCAAAGAGAAGCUGAUGGACAACAGUGGCACCACCAAACAGAUCCACUCCAUGAUUGCCAGGAUAUGUCCUGUAAGCAAAGAUGUUCAUAUGCCGUUAAGCACGUGGAUAAUUCAUAAGGAUGUUUUUCUACUCGAAACAGAGAAUCCGAGAACAACCCUUAUAUAUGGCAUUUUCACCACUUCCAGUUCAGUAUUUAAAGGUUCAGCAGUUUGUGUCUAUCACUUAUCUGACAUUCAGCGAGUGUUCAAUGGACCGUUUGCCCACAAGGAAGGACCAAACCAUCAACUGAUUCCCUAUCAAGGAAGAAUCCCUUAUCCACGACCAGGGACUUGUCCCGGAGGAGCCUUCACGCCCAACAUUCGGACAACCAAGGAGUUCCCAGAUGAUGUGGUUACUUUCAUCAGGAAUCAUCCUUUGAUGUUUAAUUCCAUCUAUCCAAUUCAUAAGAGGCCAUUAAUUAUUCGGACAGGCACGGACUACAAGUACACAAAGAUAGCCGUUGAUCGGGUCAGUGCGGCUGAUGGAAGAUAUCAUGUUUUGUUUCUUGGAACCGACCAGGGGACGGUGCAGAAGGUGGUGGCCCUGCCCACUAAUUCAUCGACAAAUGGAGAGCUUAUCUUAGAAGAACUGGAAGUUUUUAAGAACAAUGCCCCGAUAACAACAAUGGCCAUUUCAUCUAAAAAGCAACAGUUGUACGUCAGCUCCGAUGAAGGCGUUACCCAGGUGUCCUUACACCGUUGCCACAUCUACGGGACGGCUUGUGCUGACUGCUGCCUGGCCAGAGACCCUUAUUGUGCCUGGGAUGGCAACUCCUGUUCCAGGUUCUAUCCAACAGGCAAAAGGCGGAGUCGAAGGCAAGACGUGAGACAUGGAAACCCCAUGACUCAAUGCCGAGGAUUUAACCUCAAAGCUUAUCGAAACGCUGCUGAAGUCAUUCAGUAUGGAGUCAAGAACAACACCACUUUCCUUGAGUGUACACCUAAAUCUCCCCAAGCUUCUAUUAAAUGGCUUUUCCAAAAGGACAACGAUCGAAGGAAAGAGGUGAAACUCAGUGAAAGAAUCCUAGCCACUCAACAAGGGCUUCUAAUCCGUUCAGUGCAGGAAGCCGACUGUGGGACGUACCACUGUAUUGCCACGGAAAAUGGCUUCAAGCAAACCAUAGCCAAGGUGAGCUUCAAGGUUUUGGAUUCAGACACCGUGGCCUUCAUGAUGGACAAGUGGUCUCCAUGGACUUGGGCCAGUUCGCUCCACGCUUUGCAGUUCCAUCCCAAGGACCUGGCUGGAACUUUCAGCCACUCCGAACUCCAGAUGAUCAAUCAAUAUUGCAAAGACACGCGGCAAUUGGGCCAACAGGCGGAUGGUUCCUCCAAGAUGAGAGGGGACUAUGGCAAAUUAAAGGCUCUUCUCAACAGCCGGAAAAGCAGGAACCGUAGGAACCAGUGGCCCGGAUCCUAAAGGGCCCAGCUCUGUCCACAAACUUCUUCUUCAUCACCACGGCCAUCUUGUACACUCCCACAAGGAAUUCAUUUUUUUUCAUCAGGUGGUUUUUUUCCCCUGCUGAGAUUUGAGCAAAACGGCGACCAAGCCCACUCGGCAAAAGUUCAGGACACUCCAAACUCUCUAAGCUGGAAUCAGACAACUUAAAGACCAAGUCCAAAGAAAUGUCCAUCGUGAAGUCACCUGUUGAUCCCUCCUUGAUCUAUAAGCCUUCAGAGAGAGGGGUGUUGUGCCAUGUUUCAUGGCCAUCUUUGUUGUUUCUAAAGGACGAAGCCCUUGAACGUCCAGCUUGGAAUCAUGGAAGGUUGGAAGGGAAGUGUGGGUUAGGACAAAGAGUGACUUGGAGUGGUCUCCAUCUACAUAUACGGUUUUGUGUGUGUCUAUGUGUGAUUCUCUGUUUACGGUACGUUGCGUUGACGAAGGAGCACAGAUUCCAAAGUCAAUUUCCCAUAUUAAUGUCCCAGAAAGGAUCAUGCUGAUUAGGAAUUAUGGGGUUGGGAGUACAUCACAAUUAAAGGAGCCUCAGAUUGGGGAAGGCUAAUCUCACCAUUGUUCGGGCAUUUACCGUGUUUGGUUAGCGGAGAUCAAAAUUAAUUCCAUUUCCAUUGCAUAUUUGUAUAAAAUGGAACCUAAAAAAUGAUGCCAACACCUAGUCCAAAACUACAGGUAGCCCUCAACUUACAACAAUUUAUUUAGUGACCGUUCAAAGUUAC